AGCAUAUGUGUGGGUGGGGGGAGGGAUGUGGGGGCUGGGUCAAGACUAUAAAAUGUGGACAAAUCUCAAUGGGUAUGUGUGACAGAGAGAGAAACACACACAUACAUAAAGAUAAAGUGAGUGGAGAAGAGAAGGAGAACCGUUAGAGGAGAAGGGGGGAAAACAGCCUGAAACAGACUUGUUUAUGGACUACUGUGUGAUAUGGGAGGCACCUCUUAAAUUCUUCACGGGGGUCUGAACCUGAGCUUUAAUUUGUACUCAGUUAGCAAAUAAACUCUACUGGUUUAAAACAAAAGGGACAAAGGAGAGAAGAAGAAGAAAUGAAGGACUUGGUGCAGUCAGUAGAACUAGGAGUCUCUCAGCGGAAAGGCAUUAAAGCAACUCGACCCAAAGUUUGGCUAAAAAAUGAACUUGUUCGUGUUGGACUUGCUGAAUCCCUUUGCACAUAUGUCAUGAUGGUGUUUGGCCUGGGGUCUGUGGCCCAGGUAGUGACAGGACAGGGAGCAUUCGGACAGUACCUCAGCAUAAACCUGGGUUUUGGACUGGGUGUCGCUAUGGGGAUACAUGUUGGAGGGAAAGUCUCAGGGGCUCAUAUGAAUGCUGCAGUGUCAUUCACAAUGUGCACAUUUGGUCGCCUUACGUGGAGGAUGUUGCCUGUGUAUGUUUUUGCACAGCUAUUGGGAUCAUUUCUGGCAGCAGGGACAGUUUAUGCUGUCUAUUAUGAGGCCAUACAUGAUUAUUGUGGAGGAAACCUGACUGUAACUGGUGUAAAGGCCACAGCUGGUAUUUUUGCCACCUAUCCUGCACCGUACCUCUCCUUGCUGGCUGGAUUCAUCGACCAGGUGUUUGGCACAGCUAUGCUGCUGCUGUGCCUGAUGGCUCUGUCCGACCAGAAGAACAAACCGGCCGCAGCAGGCAGCGAGCCUGUAGCGGUGGGUCUCCUGGUUCUGCUCAUUGGCAUUUCUCUGGGCAGCAACAGCGGCUAUGCUAUCAACCCCACCAGAGACAUCGCACCCAGGGUCUUCACUGCCAUAGCAGGCUGGGGAGCUGAUGUGUUCAGGUCUGGAAAUGGGUGGUGGUGGGUGCCUCUAGUUGCUCCCCCCAUUGGAGGUGUAUUGGGUGCGGGAGUCUACAAGGCCCUGGUGGAAAUGCACCACCCACCCCUCUCUGAACAGGGUGGGGGGUUGGUGGAGGAGUUGGAGGAGGAGACUGCUCCUCUGGAGAAACCGAAAAACAUCUGUGCAAAUGUAUGUGUGUGACAAACCCAGCUGGGUAAAGUGUUAAAGGCACGUCUGUGGAUAUCUGAACGCAGAGAAAACAUUCCAUGAUGAUGAGGGUAAAAAAAAUAGACCAAAAAUGAAACGCUCAGGUCGGGGACUGAAAAUUUCUGAGAAUGGCUCAAAUAGGGUUUUCAAUAAUAUCAAGCAAUUUCAAAAUGGGUCUGUAUUAUGUCAUUUAAUUUAUGAGUCAUUCAAUUUCUGUAAAAGAGAUUGACUGUAAUACAUAUAACAUAUUCACAAUCUGACAAUUUUAACCGUGAUGCUGACAACACCUGUGGCUGGCUCCUAUCCAUGCAAGUUAUAGAUGAAAAACAAACAAAACUAGAGCCAUUUCAUGCACCGAAGGGGAAUUUUAUGUCAGGAUCAUUGAGGAAGAAGCAGCUGAUAUAACCUUGGUAUCAUCCAUUACAGCAGUCAACAGAGGCCCACUAACACGAGUUUGGAAAUAACAGUAUAUGUAAAAUAAAACAAAUAGCCCCAAUACUUUGCACUUAAAUAAGCAUGCGUCCUUUGAAAAUAAGAAAGAAACAGUAGGAGGUGGCUCCUCACAGCAUGAAAGGGCAGAAGCACACCCAAAGACAAUGUACAUGCUUAUCUUACCAACAGUCCAGCACACAACAGCCUUAAGGCAAAAUGUGUGUUUCCUGAUUCGAUCCAAAAACCAAACCCUAGAAUCUUAUUAAGUCUGCCCACAAAUUUUAUCUCCAAAAUACUGCUACAUAUAACACAUUUAUUGAUACAGACUCGUCAGAGCAGAUGUUAUCACACAACAAGAUCAACAGGUCUGUAACAUGUAACAUUUCAUGGUUCAGAUUUGAAUACACACUUAAGUGAUGUAAUGUUUGAUACUGAAGCUCCCAGGCGUUGGUUGUGUACGCCCGUCAGUUUCCACAGAUACUCUGAAUUGGAUUAUUUACAUUGAAACAUGAGAUGGUGUUUGCAGGUGAAAAGCGCUGUUGCUGCCCAACUGAAACCAACACAGUAUUAUUUUCUUCCUGUUUCUUUCAAUGUUACAUUUACAUAAAUUUGUGUUAUUUAUCAAUUUUCAAACUUAUUUUAUAAUUGUAUAUAUUAUAUAUAUAUAUAUAUAUAUGUUAUUGUUGUAUAAUACAUUCAAAAUUAAAAUAUUUACAACAGCAAA